CGCAUAUGGCGCAUUUGAGGCCGGAUCUUUUAAAGAGCAUACAGGAUAUGGCCCUUCAGCCGAAAACGGACCCUUUGAUCAUCCAGAGUAAGCAUAUGCGAUAGUGAUCCGGUUGAUACAGCUGCUGCUCAUAGGUCGGUCACCCUCUUCUCCUCUUCCCAAGUCCAGAUGACACCAGCUGCUGCGAAUGCACCCCACACGCAACCGUCUGCGCGAUUCACAUGAACACCAACACCAAAGAAUCAGCAAUGGCCAACGUCAAGGUCGCUCCAUUCACCGUCAACCUCGGCGAGGACGUCAACUCAUACGAUGUAUACUGCCCGUACUGCUUAAAGUCCAUCAUCCUCAAGGCCGGAGUUGGCAAGAGAGUAGAGCGAGAUGCAGCACCUCUAUCACGAGUAAGCGACGGGGAUAAACCAGAACCAUCUGCGCCAUCAGAAGCAACUGCACACUUCUGGCAAGUCAACGAUCCAUUCGCAUUCGAGAACCUCGGAUUCUCCAAGGAUGAUCCGGCACGACCGAACUUGAAAUACCUGGCAUGUGCAGACUGCGACAAAGGCCCGUUAGGUUAUGCUGAUAGAGCUGCGAACGAGUACCUACUAGCAGUGGAGAUGGUCGGAUACAGGAUUGAGAACGCAUGAAGAAAUAUGGGUGUUUUCCAAAAAUAUAUCAAAAAGACUGCGUACAGUG